AUGUUCGGUUGGGACGACGCUUCGCAGGCCCACCAAGACGUCUACGGACAAGAUGGGCCUCAGCCCGAUAACCAAGGCAGCUUCACCCACGAAGUGCUUGCCGGUGCCGCAGGUGUGGAAGCUAUGAGGAAGUACCAGCAGCACGAGGAAGCCAAUGGUGUCGCCGAGAAUCACACCAUGGCCAAAGACAUCAUCGCCGGUUUCGCAGCCGGGGAAGCCGACAAGCUCGUCGAGACCAAGGGCGAGAACUUCUACGACCGUGAGAAGAUGAGGCAUGAUGCGCAGAACAAUGCCUCCAAUUACUACGACCAGCAAAACCAGGGCGGUGACUCUGGCUACGGAGGAAACCAGGGCGGUGGCUCUGGCUACGGCGGAAACCAAGGCGGUGAUUCGGGAUACUAG